GCUUCACAUUUAUCUCCGGCCUGUGUGGCUGUUUCGGCAUCACAAGUUAUCAAAGCAUCUUUCCUAAUGGCAUUCCCAGAUGUCAAGAAAUUCCCAGUGUUGAAGUUUCUGGGGAGAAACCAACGCAAACGCUUAAUGAGAUUAAGAAGUUAAUGUUUAAUGAAGAGAAUAACCACGUAAGUAUAAUCGGUUUAUAUGGAAUGGGUGGAGUAGGAAAAACCACUCUUCUGACAGAGCUAAACAAUGAGUUUGUUAAGACUAGCCAUGGAUUUGAUUUAGUAGUUUGGGUGGUGGUUUCUAAGGAUUUGGACUUGAAAAAUAUUCAAGACCAAAUUGGGGAUAAACUGAGUUUAUCAUGGCCAGAAGCAACACAAAUACAUAAGCAAUGUAAAGAUAUAUUCAAAGUGUUAAACAACAAAAAAUUUGUAUUAUUGUUAGAUGAUAUCUGGAAGAGAGUAGAUUUACAAGAAAUUGGAAUUCCAUAUGUUAGAAAUAACACAAAGGAAGUAAAAAACAGGUCAAAGAUUGUCUUCACUACAAGGAUUAAAUCCGUAUGCGAGUCUAUGGGAGCAAGACCAAUUAAAGUAAAAUGUCUAGACGAGGAUGAAGCUUGGAACUUAUUUCACCAAACGGUUUUAGGAGCCUACGAGCCUUGCAGCAGCAGCAACAACACGGCAGAUGAUGAAUCAGGGACUGAGCUGGAUCCAUUUAUACGUGAUCUUGCUAAAGAUAUUGCGAAAGAAUGUCUCGGUUUACCUCUAGCUCUCCUCGCUAUUGGUCGGGCCAUGGCUGGCAAAAAAGAACUUCAACAGUGGGAGUAUGCACUCAGUACUUUACGCGGAUCUGCCAGUAGUUUUCCAGGUAUUGUUUGUCAUUAAUGCACCUAAGUAGUUUCAGGGCCGGCCCCGAAAGGGAAGCAGGGAAAGCUCCACUUAGGGGCAGCAAGCUUAGGGGGCAACAAAAUAGGAAUGUUCUGUAGUAUCUAACAUGGCAACUAUCAAAGUAAUCUUCCAAUUGACUGGAAACCAACUUCAGUGGGUUGUUAGCGAAUGUAUUUUCUUUUGUAAAAAAUUGAUCUCUGUAUCUCUCACAGUAGGUUUAGGGUAAUAUAGAUAUGGAUUCAGUUACAAUUCUAUUUU